UUUCCUUUACUCGUUGAUUUCACUUCCUGCGAUUCUUUUCUUUUACCCCAAUAUGGCUGAUCAGAACGAAAGGGCAUUCCAAAAACAAUUUGGCAUCAAUCUUAACAGAAAACUUAAGCCUGGAGUGACGAAGAAGAAAGUUCUCCGUCGCUAUCGCGAUAUUGGCUUGGGUUUCAAAACCCCCCGUGAACGCUAUCGCGAUAUUGGCUUGGGUUUCAAAACCCCCCGUGAAGCCGUUGAUGGUACUUACAUCGACAAAAAGUGUCCAUUCACUGGUAAUGUGCGCAUUCGUGGUCGUAUUUUGACAGGAGCAGUCCGUAAAUGUAAAAUGCAACGCACUAUUGUUAUUCGACGUGAUUAUUUGCAUUUCGUUCGCAAGUACAGCCGUUUUGAAAAGCGUCAUAGGAAUAUGAGUGUUCAUUGCUCACCAUGCUUCAGCGAAAAUUUCCUUGAUAAUGUUGCUAGUGCAUAACUCUCGAUGGCACACAUGGCGAUACCAACAAAAUAUGCGGUAAAUUGUAGUCCAAACCUACUUGACUAUUCUUACAACGCUUUUAUCAACUUGCAAUGUUGUGUGUCCAGACACCAUUUCCAGCUAUAAUUACACUAUGCGACAGUCAAAAUCGGGAUGGGAUGAAACCAACGGGAAAUGUUAUAUCGGUAAAAAAGAAGUUAUACGUGUCCCGGCGUUUCGCUGGGUCACGUCUAGGAAUCGAGAUAUAUAUAUAACUAUCAUAUAGGGGAAAUUGUCACCUUUGGUGGUCUUUUUUUGACAUAACUCGAGAACCACUAGUCCGAUUUUGCUCAAACAAAUUUAAAAAAAUUAAAAAUUACAAUUCC